GUGCAGAAGCCAACAGCCAACCGUGACAGAGAAAAUGCGCUGCUUAUCCCCUUAAAACAGUUAAUAGAGCUAGGAACCAAGUUUAUGCUGUACUUGUUUCCACUCUUAUCUAUCUCCUUUUGAUAAUCACUUGGUAACAGGUCCCGGUCCCGGAACCGAACAGUACGCGUGUGGUCCUCAUUGGCCCAAGCGUGGCGAGUCCUUAUUGGUCCACGCUUUUAGCGGUCGCGUUGGAACGCCAAUAGGGAGUGUCGGUGAGACAUCGGGGCGGGCUUGGAUGCCGGUAGCUGACAUGGCUGUGGAACGCUGCUAUUGAAUCCAAUGCCCCGUGUAAGACUGUCCAUUGCACUCUAGGAACCAUCAAUUAGCACAGGCCGGUGUCGUUACUGUCCAACCCCCGCUCCGUGCCCGUAUAGCUGCGGCUUUAUUGUGUGCGCUGAGUGUGUAGGCUGCUAUGAAUGGGAGCAGAGCUUUGCACUUAUCCGCCUGGCUGCUCUUCUGUCUCUUGUGUUCUGCAGCUGUAGCCAGAGAUGACUCCUGUGAGACGUGCAGAAAGUUGGUGGACAGGUUCCACAAGGGAUUAGAGAAUACAGCAAAAAAGAAUUUUGGAGGUGGAAAUACAGCCUGGGAAGAAAAAACAUUAUCCAAAUAUGAAUCUAGUGAAAUACGCCUUGUAGAAAUUAUUGAAAAUCUCUGUGACAGCAGUGACUUUGAAUGUAACCACAUGGUUGAAGAACAUGAAGAACAAAUAGAAAAAUGGUGGUUUAAGAUGAAAAAGAAAUAUCCAGAUUUACUAAAAUGGUUUUGCAUUGAAACUAUCAAGGUUUGCUGCCCACCUGGCACAUAUGGACCUGACUGCUUAGCUUGUCUGGGUGGUUCAGAACGGCCGUGUCAUGGCAAUGGAUUUUGUAACGGUGAUGGAACAAGAAGUGGAGAUGGAUUGUGUCGGUGUGAAGCUGAAUACACCGGACCAUUUUGCCUAGAAUGUGCAGAUGAAUACUUCAGUUCUGAAAGAAAUGACACUUAUUCAUUGUGCACUGCUUGCAACCAAGCAUGUAAAACUUGUGAUGGACCAUCUAAUGAAGACUGCAAAGAAUGUAAAAAUGGAUGGAUUAAAGAUGAUGGAAAAUGUGUAGAUGUUGAUGAGUGUGAUGCUUCAGAACAAGUAUGUUCACGAGAAAAUGAAACCUGCUUGAAUACUGCAGGCAGCUACAAGUGCACAUGCUCAGAAGGAUUUGAAGAUAAGGAAGGAAACUGUGUAAAAAUUAUGGAAGCAGAAAACACUGAAGUGACGGAUGGUGAAAUGGGGACAUCAGCAAGUGACAUCAAUAUUUCAAAUACUGCACAUGAGGACCUCUGAUAUUCACCAAAAACAUUACAUUCAACAUUUUAAGUUAUUUAAAUUAAAACCACACUCUACAAAGAAGGCAGCCAUGCAUUUGUUAAAGAAGUAACAAUUAUGCCAACCCGUUGUGCUGGAUAUCUCUGAGAAUGGAUUUGCCCUAAAAGCUGCAUAUGUUUCUUAAUACAACAACACAAGAGUGAGCUUAUAUUUUCCUACAUUACUUUAUAAUAAACUUGUUUCUUUCUGUGAAAAA